AUCAGACGAACGAUGCGAUCGCUCGCAGCCGCCGCCGCCGCCCAUUAGACACCCCCAGCCCGAACGCUUAAGCAAACCUUCCCCGGAGAGCUCGCCCAGCCCAGUCCACCCCAGCUCUGUGCCAACAGCAGCCGAGUCAGUUUUUGAUGCAUUAGAGAAGAAGAACGCGAAAGACGAAAGAAGCAAGCAAGAAAGAAAGAAAGGAACAGAGCUUGCGAGAGAGAGAGAGAGAGAGAGAGAGAGAGAGAGAGAGAGAGAGAGAGAGAGAGAGAGAGAGAGGAAAGGAUCUUGCUGGUUUUCAUAUCUUGUGUAUUUGGAGAGUGAGCCGAGGUUUUGAUAACCAUGGGAUGUACACUUAGCGCAGAGGAACGAGCUGCCAUGGAAAGGAGCAAGGCCAUCGAAAAAAAUCUCAAAGAAGACGGAGUCAGCGCUGCAAAAGAUGUGAAAUUGCUCCUGCUUGGGGCUGGCGAAUCCGGGAAAAGCACCAUCGUAAAGCAGAUGAAGAUUAUCCAUGAAGAUGGUUUCUCUGGAGAUGAUGUAAAGCAGUACAAACCGGUGGUCUACAGCAACACAAUCCAGUCCCUGGCAGCUAUCGUCCGUGCAGUCGAUACCCUGGGCAUUGAAUACAGUGACAAGGAGAGAAGAGCUGAUGCCAAGAUGGUGUGUGAUGUGGUGAGCCGGAUGGAGGAUACAGAGCCCUACUCUCCCGAGCUCCUCUCAGCCAUGAUGAGACUGUGGGCAGACUCUGGCAUGCAGGAGUGCUUCAACCGGGCCCGUGAAUAUCAGCUCAAUGACUCCGCUAAAUACUACCUAGACAGCUUAGAUCGAAUCGGGGCUGCAGACUACCAGCCGACAGAGCAGGACAUCCUGAGGACCAGAGUCAAGACAACUGGAAUUGUAGAAACUCACUUUACAUUUAAAAACCUCCACUUCAGGCUCUUUGAUGUGGGAGGCCAGCGAUCAGAAAGGAAGAAAUGGAUCCAUUGCUUUGAGGAUGUGACAGCGAUUAUCUUCUGCGUGGCGCUCAGUGGCUACGACCAGGUGCUGCAUGAAGACGAGACCACGAACCGCAUGCAUGAGUCUCUGAAGCUAUUUGACAGUAUCUGUAACAACAAAUGGUUUUCUGACACCUCCAUCAUCCUCUUUCUAAACAAAAAGGACAUAUUUGAGGAGAAAAUUCUGAAAUCCCCACUGACUAUCUGCUUUCCAGAGUACACAGGAGCCAACAUUUACGAGGAAGCAGCUGCCUACAUUCAAGCACAAUUCGAGAGCAAGAACCGCUCGCCCAACAAGGAGAUCUACUGUCACAUGACCUGCGCCACGGAUACAAAUAACAUCCAGGUGGUGUUCGAUGCUGUCACUGACAUCAUCAUUGCCAACAAUCUCAGAGGCUGUGGCUUGUACUGAGCGCUGUAUACAAACUCAUUGUUAAAAAUGCAAGUUGGUAAAAAAGGCGUAACAUCUAUAUAUAUAUAUAUAUAUAUAUAUAUAUAUAUAUAUAUAUAUAUAUAUAUAUAUAUGACAAAAAAUAACAACAACAAAAAAAAAAUAACAAAAACUUUUUAGUUUGUCUCAAAGAGCUGGCGAUAGAACGGAUCUAUGCAAAACCCAGUCCCACUGGUCCAAGGAAGCGAGAGACUUCUCAUUCUCCAUCCAGCCUCUUCUCACUGUGUUUGCUGAUCUCAAUGGAACAACCUUUUUCUCUUUCAGAAAUUAUAAUAAUUUUACGUGUCAUUAUUUUAUUAUUUAAGUUUUUUUUUUAUUCUUACUAUUUGUAUUAUUUAUAUUGGUAUUUAUUGUGAAAAAGGGGGCUGGCUUGAGGCGUUUUUGCCUCUGAAUUUACAGUAAGAACAAUACAAUUCACAAUACAAACAUGGGGCUGGGUUUUCACUACUUUCUUAGUUCUGCUCAGCUCUUUGAUAGUUUAGAAAUAUUUCUGACGACACGCAGGACAGCACAAUAUCAGCUCUUGCUCCAUUUGUAAAAAAAUUUUGUAAUUUUUUUUUUUUUUUCACUUGUGUGAAAUGUUAAUCCUCCCAAGUUGUCCACAGUAAUGGGGCUGGAUGUUUCUCACGAGUCUGUGUGGGAUGCACAGGGGUUUCCUUCGCUGCACAAUACGCUAACGGCAUAUUAGCCAAUUCAAUCUGAAAUAUGUCAUAUUGGUGCCAACCUCCCCUUUGGCGGUCUUGGGGUAGAAGUAGAACACUACGUUAUUGUAAAGAAGAACCAAAAUCACAUCAGGAACCCUGUAGUUUUGUUUUUUAAAUCCUUACCCCCCCCCCACCCCCCCUCUCUCUCUCUUUGCGGGCUGGUAAAUUGACUUGUUGCUGUUGCCAUGCUGCUAGCAUGACCUUUUGGCCUUUGUACAAAAAAAUAAAGAAUAAAAAAAUUCAUAAAUCGCAGCUGUCCUUAAAAAUGUAAAUGUAAUGUUGUGAGCGCAGGGUGGUGGCUGUGUGUUUGUUUCCUUAUAACACUGUAGGUCAGGUUCUAGCCAAGUAGAAGGUAAAAAAAUAAUGAUGAUAAUAAUAAUACUUUGAAAAAUGACUAUUUCUCGUGCUGUAGAUUCCCCCCCCCCCCCCCUUUUUUUAAAAUGUUUUAUUUAAUUUUUUUUUGCAACGGCUCUAAGAGGCAUUACACAGUUCUUAGUGACCGAUAUUGAUGUAAAUGCACUGCACUGGUUCCUUUCCUGCCUGAUUGCCCUGCAUCUGCAAGCGUCUUUACUGCACUGGAGUCUGUUUUCAGAGCAAUGUGGAUCACAGGCAGUCUGGCUGUACAGUUAACAUGGUUCAUGCGCUUUCUCUUAGUCUCUAACUGUAAUCCAAAUCGACUUGUUCACCCCUCCAGGUCUGCAUAGAAAAAGCACAGCCCUCACUGGCCAGUAGAUUGAAAACAAGAUGUUUCUCUUUUAGACUUUUUGCUCUGAUACUCUCUCUCACUCUCACUUCCUCUCACUCUCUCUCACGCUCUCUCACGCUCUCUCACUCUCUCUUUUCAGUGAAUGCUUUUUUGUGCUGCUUUUCUCUCUCUUAGUGAAUGGUGUUUCUCUCAUGUGGGAUGUUUGUGCUGCAAAACCAAUCGAAUGUAGUGUUUACAAUUAAAACCAGUUUUCAUGACUUCAUUCUUUGUCCUUUCUACUUUGAUUAUAACUUUGAUCUUUUCACUUAAAAAAUAAUAAUAAUAAUAAUAAUAAAUAAUAAUAAUAAUAAUCAUAAUAAUAAAUUGCUUACAUUAUUAUCAAUCACCGCUGUAAAAACAAAGAAAAAUAAUAAUAAAAAAUGAAAAUGAAACAAUAAAAAAUACAACAAAUGAACCCAGUGGCUGAUGAGAGCCGUACGUUUGUAAGCUUUCUUUUACCAAUCAGUGGUUUUUUUUGCUAUACAUUCUAGGCACUGCCGGUCUUUCUCUACAAUGGAAAAAUUCAUGUGAUGCUCAAUAAAGAGAAUGUUUGUCUGUA